AUGGCGCAUGUCAUCACCUGCAAGAAGACUGCUGAUGCAUCUAGUAUAGCCAAGCUGUGUUUUAGGGAGGUUGUUCGCUUGCAUGGAGUACCUACAUCUAUAACUUCUGACCAUUUGGUGAAGCUUCCUAAAGGCCAGAAAACCAGUAUUGCAGCGGGAAAAUUGGCUGAAGAAGUGGUGGCUGUUCGUGAUGAAGUGAAGCAAAAACUUGAACAAGCUAAUGCUAAAUACAAAGCUGCUGCAGACAAGCAUAGGCGAGUUAAGGUGUUUCAAGAAGGCGAUCCUGUAAUGGUGUUUCUGAGGAAGAAGAGGUUCCCUGUUGGUAUAUAUAGCAUGCUGAAGCCUAAGAAAUAUGGUCCUUACAAGGUGUUAAAAAGAAUCAAUGACAAUGCCUAUGUUAUUGAAUUUCCAGAUUCCAUGGGAAUUUCCAAUACUUCUAAUGUUGUUGAUUUGUAUCGGUUUCGUCUUCACGAAACCCUUUAUCCUUAA